AUCUGGCAACAUUGUUUCAAACUGUCACAGUCGGUCACUCCUAAUUUUUCCUUUUCCUUAUAAAUUGUUUAAGAUUUGAUUUUAAUAAAACUUCCCAAUAUUUCUUCUAUAUUACAAUUAUAAAUUCUAUUUCUGUUUAUAGUGUGAUAGCUGAAUCUGUUAAAACUUCAUUAAAUAUGUUAUUUUUGGUGAAUUGUAUGAGCGGGUCUCCCUAAUCUUUGGGACGUGCUCCAAGUGACGCCAUUUUAUUAUAGACGCGUCUUAGUUUCACCGAUUAAAGCAGAAAAUAAAAGUUCAGCAUGUCAUCUCGUGGUCGUGGAUAUGCCGGUGGUUAUGGUGGAAGAGGCAGUUAUAGUGGCCGUGGCACUGGCUACAGAGGCACAUAUCGAGGUAGCAACAAUAGAGGCUCGUACGAAAGCCGAGGCGGCCGUGGCGGCGGUGGCUAUUCUUCUUAUAGCAAUGAAUCUCGUUACAACAGUAGUAGUGGGAAUAGAUACAACUCUAGCCGUGACAGAAUCGAUGAACCAUACAAGAAAACAUACAGAUCCGAAAGUUCUGCUAGUUACUCUAAUCGUGAUUAUGGUCGAUCGGGGUCACCUGAACGCAAACGGAUGAGAAUUGAGGGAUCCUCGAGCGAUAGACGUAGCCAUGAUGGCGGCGGUCAUUACGGCGGAUCAUACGGCGGUAGACAAGAGAGUUACGGCGGGGAAAGGAGAUCGUUCGGCGGUGAAGACCGAAGGCGUUCACCGACCCGAGAGCCGUACCGCAAGCCGAGUGGCAUGGGCCCGCCGCGCGAGGGCGCGCGCGCGCCGGCGCGGCCGCGGGCCCCGCGCCGUUCGUUCCGCGGCCGCUCCUUGCGCUCGCGAGCCUCCUUCCGCGGCGCACCGCGCUCGCGUGCUUCUUUUUCCUCUAGGCGAUUCACUGAAAGGUCGCUCGCCUAUUCCCGCGUGUUCAGAUCUAUCAAAGGGCGAAGCUCUGUGAAAUCCAAAGAGGAUGCUUCGUCAACUGAGGAAGAUUGGGAUGUGGAUGAUAAAGAAGAGACCACUGAAGAAAAGAAAGGAUCCAAAAGUAAAUCUCCAAAGCCCGAGGAAGAAGGAUCUGACGGCGAGCAAGAUGGGGGUGAAGACACUGAUAAAGAACCUGACACGGCGUCAGAAGCGGCGCCCCCGCGUGUUCCUACUUAUGUACAUUUAUCAUGCGUCCAUUGCAAGGAAAAAUGCGCGACAUUCUCUGGGUACGCAAAGCACCUGCUAUCGAGCAGGCACCGCGCGGCGAUGUCGGCGGUGGCGCGGCGUCACAAAGCGCAGCUGCUGCGCAUGCGCGUAGCGCAGCGCGCGGCCCAGCGCGAGCUGGAGGCGGCGGCGGGCGCCGAGCUGGCCGCGCGCACCACCUUCUGCCUCGUGUGCCGCCUCAACUACCGCACCACGCGUCAGGCGCACAACCUCACCGACACGCACCGGGCCAUGAAGCGCUUCCUCAUGCCUUUCUGUCGCAUUUGCCGCAUUACCUUCCGCUCGCCCAUGAUUUACGAGCACCACAUUUGCUCGCUCGACCACCUCAAGAAAAAAGCAAGUCAGUCCGUCCGCCGAGCAAGUCCGAAAGCUGAAGCUAGUGGUGAUGAGGGAAUGGAUGUCGACUUGGAUAACUUUAUGACUUUGGAUUCUGUUGGUGAUGUAGAUGAAGUUGAAGAUGAUGAUUCAGGCGGUGAAAAGAAAGAAGACUCAUCACCAAAGAAACCUAAAGUUGAAAUAAAUAUUGGAAGUGAACAUAUUAAAAAACUAGAGGUGUGGUGGUGCGAGCUAUGCCGCGUGUACUUGCCGCGAGCGGAAGCGGGCGGCGCUGAGGAGGCGGAGUCGCUGCGGCGACACUGUCGCAUGCGCAUCCACCUGGGCCGCUACGUGCAGCACCGCGACACGCGCACCCUGCGCAAGCACGCCGAGCGCAUCCACCGCCAACUGCACCAGCAGAAAGAGGAUGAAAAAGAUGUUACCAAGACAGAUGAUUCAAAUGAUAAAAUAAAAUCUGAUAAGCAAGAACCUAAGGAAGAGAAUAAGAAGAAAUUAGAAAAUGGCGGAGAUGCAACAAAUGCAUCUGGAAGUGAAGACAAACUCUGGGCAGAUGUUGACAAGGACAUAGGAGAACUCCUUCGAGAAGUUGACCCACAGGGUAACGAAGGAAGUGACGAUGAUGAUGAUCUUGACAGGUACGACAAGUUUCGUAAAAGUGAUAAAAAAUCGAAAACUGGCGAUGGUGAAGAAAAUGAUUCCACAAUUGGAGUAGACUCCUCUUCGAAUGAGAAAAAUAAUGUUGAAGUUAAUGUCCCUGCUUAAAAUUUAAUAUUUAGCAAUAUAGUUAUUAAUUGUCUAAACACUAAAUAUUCUAUAUUUCUGUACCUGCUCAACAGGUAUUAUUGUAACCAUUGUCAUAUAUAUGGAGAAAUAAAUAAAAUACAUUUUGGUCUGAUAA